CUUUUAGUUGUCGUGGCAUUCGUUGAGUCGUCUCCUACUGGUUUGCUACUUUUACGGACUGCGACAUAAUUGUUACGCCUUUUGCCUAAGGUUCAGUACUUGUGUUCACCACUAUUUUCCCUAGGUAUGGGUGGCCAUACGAAGGGAAACUAACAUCACAGUAGUUUUUAAAAAUAUUCAGCGUCUCCUUCGUCAUACUACAGAAUAUCGCCUUCUUUCCUAGCAUAAUUUGCAACAUGAGGAUAUUCCGCCUGGUCAACCCUCGUAAUUUUAUCGUCGGAUUUCUGAUACUUUUCAAAUUGUUUAGCCAUGGAGAAUGUGGAGCUGUUCAGCUCACAGCUGAUAAUUUUGACAGUAUAAUUGCCAAUACGGAGCUGGUGCUGAUAAACUUUUAUGCAGACUGGUGUCGAUUUAGUAAUAUGUUGGCUCCAAUUUUUGAUGAAGCUGCUGACAAAGUAACAGCUGAGUUUCCAAGCUCAAGAGUGGUCCUAGGAAAAGUUGACUGUGACAAAGAAACUUCCAUUGGAACACGAUUUCAUAUUUCUAAGUACCCAACCCUGAAAGCUGUGAGAAAUGGCCAGCUGUUUAAGAAGGAGUACCGGGGGCAGAGAUCAGCUGAAGCGUUUGCAAAUUUUGUUCGUGAGCAACUGAUUGAUCCUGUGAAAGAGUUUAAGCAACUGUCAGAAGUCCAGCACCAUCAGUUGGAUGACAAGAAACGACACGUUCUUGGGUACUUCGAAACGCGGGAUUCACCAGAAUACAAAAAUUUCGCGAAAUUGGCUGCUGUGCUGAAGGACGACUGUAUUUUCCAUGCCGGUUUUGGCGACGUAACACGAGCCAUGCAUCCCCCAGAUCAAUCAAUUGUUGCCUUUAGGCCAGCCAAAGCACGUUCAAAUGAAGUGGAUGAGUCAUUCACAGGCGAUCUGAAGAGUUACGAUGAGUUCAGCAUAUGGACGACAGACAAGUGUGUGCCAUUAGUACGAGAAAUUACUUUCGAAAACGCCGAAGAGCUAACGGAGGAAGGCCUGCCGUUUCUCAUUCUCUUCUACAACCCAGAUGACAAUCAAAGCAUUAAAAAGUACAAUGAAAUCAUUAACCGUGAAUUGUUGGACGAGAAACAGAACAUCAACUUUUUGACGGCCGACGGGGUGACAUUUGCCCAUCCACUCCAACACCUAGGAAAGAGUAAAAAAGACCUUCCACUUAUCGCGAUCGACAGCUUUAGGCAUAUGUAUCUCUUCCCCAAAUUUGAAGAUAUCAACAUUCCUGGCAAACUGAAGCAGUUUCUCACCGAUCUACAUUCAGGAAAGCUGCACAGAGAAUUCCACUACGGCCCAGAUCCAGCCACAGACCCUCCUCAGCAAAUUGAACACAAAGUGGGUAAUGAGAUCAAUAAAGACGAGGACCCAAGCAAAAAGCCGACACAACCUCCUGAAUCAACAUUCAAGAAGUUGGCUCCUUCUAAAAACCGCUAUACGCUUCUAGACAAGGAUGAGUUGUAAAAUUUUAGUUUUCAAAUUUUCUCUUAUUGAAGUUUGAUGGUUAUGGAGGGGCCUUUCUCUUUUCUCUUGCAUCUUUUCUUUGUCAUUAUUCUUUAAUUUGUCACUAUAUUUAAAAUGAAAAAUGUUUCAGUCUAAAAAUUCCAAGGUUACUUCAGAAAACAGUUAAUAAUGUAAAACCUUAAAGAUAGAAUGUUGCCCUUUCAUUUGUUCAGUUGUUACUUUCACCUUCCGCGAUUGUAGCAGUUCCCUUUGUUCAGUCCUGGCCAGCAAAUGUGUAAAUACAACUGUUUAACCAA